AUGAAUUUGAACUUUUUGCUACAAUUAGCAAAUGUGCUUUUAGUCGCAAAACUGGCAAGAUCCGAGAGCACAUCGGAAUGUCGCAAAAUAGAUGAAAACAAGUUCCCAAACUGCGUAACACAUGGCUUCACAAUGACAAGCGAACAUCUCGCAAGUAAAUUCUACACCGAGACUUAUUCAAAGAUCAUCAACAACAUGACAGCGAAGCUCAACGGUUGUUCAAAAUACACCAGCUAUAUCCUCUGCUCACUCUACGUACCACGAUGUAAAGAAAACAUGACUGGUCCUUUGCUUCCAUGCCGUGAGGUGUGCGAGGAGUUUGCUCGCGGAUGCUCCAAUCAAAUGAAUUCCAAUGGCUUAAAUUGGUUAAAGCCUCUGUGUAGCUUGUUACCUACAAAGAGGAAAAGUGCGACUUGUUUUAUACCACCGGACUUUAAACCUCUGAAGAAGCCUCUUUCAAGUACGUAUGUAUGUUGCUUAAUUAUGUAUCAAGUAGAGACGGUCACUCUACGGAAAACAGGUGACCGUAGAGGUGUUCGAAAUUAAGCCCGUAAUAAUCUACAAAUUAAAGUAAAUAGCCAGUGAAAUUGAUCGGAAGAAUUUUAUCUUAUUUUUCAACAGCUGCACAGUUGCACAGUUCCUAGCUCACUAACCAGUCAAUUUUGCUUGGUUAACUGAUAGUUUCAUUGUAUCAUUUUCAAAAUUACUGAAGUUUUGACUAGUCUUGAAUGCACGCAAACAUGGCAAACACAAAACAGCUUUCCGGGCUCGAAAAAUCACCUGGUUUUUCGAGAAACAUGCCCCAGCUCCGUUUAUUAGUCACACCGACUGCCCAAGAAAGAAAUUUCGAAUUUCAAAGACUUUGUUAGAGAGGUACUCAGUUUUGUUGAGUUAUCAUUUGAUAUUGAUGUUGUCGGUUUCGUUAUUACUUAACAGGCCUUCAAUGCAGCGAAACGGUGUCAAAUGAGAAUUGUCAGAAAGAAGAAUGUAAAAUGACAUUUAUUUCAAGGAAAAUGCAAAAACAACUCCAAGACAAACUGACGACACUAAUGAACAAACUGACCAGCAGCGUGUUUAGCGACUCCUGUAAAGAGACUUUAAACAAACUGGCGUGUGCAUCGUAUACACCGCCGUGCGAUGGGACUAAGAUGAAGACAUUGUGUAAGUACAGAUGCUCGUUGUUGUUUGACGACUGCCCAGAGGCUUUCAACUUCACUGAAGUAAGCAGCUAUUGCGCUGAGCCUGCUCAAGGUGACACAACCAGCGGUUUCUGUGAGUUGACGAGGUGGCCUAGUGCGAGGCAUUGGGAUAAAGGUUCGUGCGCUUCUCUUCAAAUCUCAGUGAAGUUUUAGGGCUUACUAAUGUUCGCUGUACUUAUAAUUACUGCCAGCCUAGUCCCCAGGCGUUCUCUCUUGCCCUGUUGUCCGCGUGAGUUCUGGGAACUAAGCAGGCGAGACUCGGUGACGUCACAGCCCACGGAAGAGUACAGGGUUGACAGAGCCGAGUACGCCCAGGGACUAGGCUGAAUGACUGCUAAAAUACUGGCGCCUGUCGUUUUUGUUUUUGCCUUACUUUCACCGUCUUUACCUUCCUUUUUAGUUUGUUUUUUUUGCUAGGAGUGCAUUAAAAAAACCACGCGUAGUCCCUAAGUUUCCUCAGGGUCAAGGGAAUCAAGUAAAAUACGCGAGUGCGCGUGAGAAUCGCCACAUGCAUGUCGCCUCUCCACGUGGUAGAGAGGCAAGCAAAUAAGGAACCAUUUCUAAAUAGACUAGAGAUAGCCAAGAGGUCCAUUAAUUCUGAGCUCUCUUGAUUCCUCUAAAAACUGUUUCUAUUUCUCUUUCCAGGAAAGCGUCCGCACACAGUCAGACCAACUUCCUUCCCAGCAGGCCUCAUUGCUGCCCUCGUUUUGGUGCCACUCUCUGUAUUCUGCUUCAUAUACUUCGCCGUAGUACUGCGCAGGCGCUAUGAGCAGAAGAGAAGUGGUUACGUCCAAGAGCUGUUAACGUACACUGAGCUGCAAACAGAGACUGCUGACUCGGACAAGAAAUUAGCAGCGUAA